GCUGGGUCUAGGACCAGAGGGGCCAUCACAAGCCUUCAGACCUGUGAACCUCAAAAGCAAUGGGGAAGCCUCCUGGAGGAAGGUUGAGUGACUCAGGUCACAGAGGACACACUGUUUUGGAGCUGGUUGCGCUCUGGUUCAUAGGCUUCUGGGGAGGCAGUGGGGACAGAGUUGGCCCCAGCUGUGCCUGGGAGGAGGAAAAACAGAAAGGAAAAAAUGAGGAGGAAGGAGAGGGAGAGGCAGCUACACUAAUUAAAUCACCAUCAUUUUGCUGGUAUCAUUCUGAAGUUCUUGGGACACAGCUGCCACAUUCUCAGAACUACCAGACUCAGGAGCUAGCUCUGUGUCCAUGUGGAGGAAGACCAGAGUGCCUUGGGGCCACUGGCAGUGGAAGAAAGAGAGCGCUGUCAGCUGUUGGCUCAGCUCCCUGGAGUCCCGACUGGAGAUGCUGGGUAUCAUUUGAAUAAUGGAGAUCAAAGAUGAGUGACCAGGGCCAAGGUGCUGUGAACUGGAAUGUGAAGACCCUGGCUAGACACUCAUGGCUUUGGAAAGCUGCUCUGCUCCUGGGUAUCCAGGGUUCACAGCCCUUUCUAGGAGUUCCAGGGCUGCACAGUGGCCAGGAAGAACUUCAGACAUGUCCAGCACUGCUUCCCCACUGGCACUCAACACCAGCACCACCCAUAGUGCCACUUCUGAGAACAGUAGCUCCUUCUAUGACUAUGACUAUUUGGAUGAUGUGACCUUCUUGCUCUGCAGGAAGGAUGAGGUCAUGUCCUUUGGGCAGGUCUUCCUGCCGGUCAUCUACAGCCUGAUCUUUGUGCUGGGCUUGGGCGGGAACCUCCUUCUUCUUGUGGUGUUGCUCCGCUGUGUGCUUCGAAGACGGAUGACUGAGGUCUACCUGCUGAACUUGGCCAUCUCCAACCUCCUGUUUGUGGUGACAAUGCCCUUCUGGGCAGUCUCUGUGGCCUGGCAUUGGGUAUUUGGCAGUUUCUUGUGCAAAGUGGUGAGCACCCUCUAUACCAUUAACUUUUACAGUGGCAUUUUCUUCAUCAGCUGCAUGAACCUGGAUAAGUACCUGGAGAUUGUCCAUGCUCAGUCCUUCCACCGGCUGCGGACCCGCUCCAGGAGCCUGCUCCUCACUGCCCUAGUAUGGGUCACGGCCCUGGCCAUCUCCAUCCCAGACAUGGUCUUUGUACAGGUCCAUGAGAGCCCCAGGGGUAUGUGGCACUGCUACGCAGAUUUUGGUGGGCAUGGGACCGUUUGGAAGCUCUAUCUGCGUUUCCAGCAGAACCUUCUGGGGUUUCUCUUCCCACUCCUGGCCAUGAUCUUCUUCUACUCCCGCAUUGGUUGUAUCCUGGUCAGGCUAAGGCCACCCGGCCAGGGUCGGGCUCUAAGGAUAGCUGCAGCCCUGGUGGUGGCUUUUUUCCUUCUGUGGUUCCCAUACAGCCUCACUUUGUUUCUGCACUCCCUGCUGGACCUGCAGGUCUUUGGAAACUGUAAGAUCAGUCAGAGUCUGGACUAUACCCUGCAGGUGACAGAGAGCCUGGCCUUCUUCCACUGCUGCUGCACCCCCAUCCUCUAUGCCUUCUCCAGCCGCCGGUUCCGCCAGUAUCUGAAAGUUUUCCUGGCCGCUGUGCUAGGACAGCACCAGGCUCCUGGCACAGCCCAGGCCCCGGCAUCCAGCUACUCAGAGAGCAGCAGGUUUACUGCCCAAGAAGAAAUGGCCAGCAUGAACGACCUUGGGGAAAGACAGGCUGAUGGCUCCCUUAACAAGGGGGACAUGGAGAAUAGUUAAGCCCACGUGUCCGUGCCACGGUCUGUGGAGGGCACUGACUGCCCUGCUUGGUUGGAAGCACUAGCCAGCAUGGCUGUGCUGCUCAGUCCAGUGACUCUCCACCAGAAGCGCCCUUGGGUUCACUCCUGCCUCUUGCUCCGUUUGCUCCCCAGGCCCCAUGCUCUUGCCUGAAUUGCUGCAACAUUCUCGGCUGACCUCUGCAUGUCUGUCCCCUCGUGCUUCUGUGGCUCCUGGGCACCAAGCAGCCAGAGUGACCAGGCCACACGCUCAGCCUUCAGACUUUCUGGGGCCCUGUGAUCUGCUCCCAGCCUGUGACCUCAUCUUUACUACACUGCUUUCUGUUCUCUUGGCUCAGGGUACACUGGCCUCUACUUGCAUUUCUGGAACAUUCCAGGCUUAUCUGUCUAUGGGGAUUUCAGCUGUGCACUCUUCCUGGACUGUCCUCAUGAAGAGUUUGGCUCACUCUCACCACCUGGGGUCUGGGUGGGGUGCUCCAUGCCCACCCUAUUUAACGCCCUAUCUGCCCACCUGCUGCUCCUACUCUUCCUCUCUGUGCUUACUACUUUCAUACAGCCUCUGUAUUUCUCCUGUUUCUUAUGUUUGUUGGCUACUGCUCCCCAAGCCAAUCUCCCAGGUGAGUGGGGCUCUUGGUGUGUGGCUUGCUGCCCUAUUCAAGUGGCUGACAAGGAACCUUGUAUGUGGAAGGCUUUUAGAUAGUGUCUGCAGAAUGUGUGGGUGGAGGGGGAGUUCUUCCUUGUGUCAUCUCUGGGAAGAAGAUGGCCCUCCACCCACCAAGGUGCCCCUUUCCCUCUUGGGGGAUGUACUUUCCUGUCUUCACAGCAGCCCCAGGGCCUGCAAUUCCAAAGCACUAGAGAUGUUUCAGUCAUAGAACAGCCCAGAAAGUGCAGACUGGGCAGGAGGGAGGCAGAGAACACCCUGGGCUUGGGCCCCUUCUCAAGAGCCUUCAUUUCUCCCUGGGGUCUGUAUAGUCAAGUCCAAAGCUCUGUCUGAACUUGCUGGAACACAUGCUGGUGAGUAGACAGCUUCCUCAGACUGUGCUGGGAAAACUGGAUUUAAUCUUCCACAUGUGGAAGAUUGAAUCAGAUCCCUAUCUCUCAUCCUGUACAAAAAUCAGCUAAGGAUCCAAGUGCAACUAAUUAUGACUAGUAAUA